AUGCUGACCACCUUUCAGGAGGUGGACAUGUCUGGCCUGAUAAAGAUGCGAAAGGAGUACAAAGACAUCUUCCAGUCCUCGCACGGCGCGAAGCUAGGCUUCCAAUCUCCCUUCUUCCUGGCCAGCGCCUACGCCCUGAAACAGAUCCCGGCCCUGAAUGCCUACAUCGACAAUGCGACAAAUGAGGUGGUCUUCCGAGACUACAUCAACAUCGGUUUUGCAGCUGCAACCCCGAAGGGGCUUGUAACACCUGUGAUCAAGAACAUGGAGACCAAGAAUCUGGCAGAGGUAGAGAGCGAGUUUGCCCGAUUCGCUGGGCUUGCGAAGCAGGACAAGCUCAGUAUGGAUGAUAUCACCGGAAACACCUUCACAAUUACCAAUGGAGGAACGCUGAUUUGGGUGAAACGUGUGGCUGGGACCGGAAGCUUGUGCUGCUCCUCGCAGUUCUGGCUCGCAGCAGUUACACGACAUGAUGCCUAUGCAAGCGGGCUUUGUAGAAAGUACACUCUUUCUGAGGCCCCUGCAAACAGGUUCGUGCCUCCAAUGGCAGUUCGGAAGGGCAUCGUCUCCGUUGCGGGCCAGGAGGUGAAAGUGAAGAACGGGUUCCUGGACGACUUGUUGGAGGACAGCUCUCCCGAGUCGGCGCAGGUGGUCAUCGAACGAUCCACCUGCCCCGUGUUCACCAGGAAGGGGGAGGCAUCUUUCCAGACCUCCUUCGGCGAAGCUCCGCUACCGGAGCUGAUGGAACCCAUCCGGGCGCCUUGGCCAUCGGAGAUGACGACCAUGGACAGCCUGUCGGGCCCCGGCUGUGAUCGCAUGUCCUGGUCCUCCAUGGCGAGCGGCUACGAACCUGACAUGCCCCUGAAAGUGAUCUCACGGGACGUGCCGGCACAACCACCGCAGCUGCCGCAACCAGUGCGCCGCGCGAACCCGGCGCCGGCGCCCAACCCGGCGGCUCUGCUUCCGGCACCUUCGGUGGGCUCCCAGCGCCAUUUAAGAGGAGAGCCUUGCACUCCAUGCCCAUUCUUUUGGAAGCCUUCCGGUUGCGUGGAAGGGCGUUCCUGCAACUUCUGCCAUCUUUGUCCGGAUCCUACGAUCCAACCGGCCAAGCUUGGGUCAAAAAAGAGGGCCGUGCAGAGCACGCCCCCACAGGCCGCAAUCGAAGGAGAGCCGCAGAUGGCAUGUUUGCCGAUGGCCGAGGCCAGCGGUGUCGACCUGGUGGAUGGCUAUGCCCAGUAUGUCGGGGCCGGCCAGAGCACAGGUGCCAGCACGACUUCCGAGCAACAUCAGAAGGUUCUGGAGAUGCAGCAGAAACUUUGCCCGAGCAUUUUUGAAGAUCACGCAGCCGGGUGCU